UCCUCCCACAUGCACUUUGGAAAGCCUCUCCUCUGCGUUGUGUAUGUUCAACAGGUAGAAUCAUGUUCCCUACUGCACUACCUCCCUUCUCCGAGUCAGGCUGUGUGAGAAACAGCCCCUGUCAUUGCAGAUUUCAUCCACUUCAGACAUGUUUCGUGUGUGGAUCAAACUCUGUCUCCUCUUGCCAGGAGUAAGUAGCUUCAUGAUCCACAACACACUCCACAGCCUGUGCUUGGAGGACUUCCCCAAGACGGGCCUGGUUCAGCUGAAUAAAUGCAACCUGGACUCAGUUCUCCAGCAGUGGAUCUGGAGGGACCAGAGUCUCCUGGAGCGUGUGGGGACCUCCAGGUGCCUGUCGGCCCACCACUCUGACCCUGUCCAGACUGUACCCUGUGAGGGGGUAGAGGAUGGGGGACACAGGGGUGAUGGGGGGCUGCGGUGGGGGUGUGAGUUGAACAGGCUGAUCAGUCAGAACAGUUCUCUGGAACUCUCCACAGACGGGAAACGACUGACGCUGUCCCACAGGAGCAAGCAGACCAAGUGGAGGUCUCUGGAUGAAGGGGAUAUAUGCCAGGAGAGGCUCAGAUCCAAAAGGGCAUCGAGCGAUCCCGAUGAGUUUGAGGUGAAACCUGCGGAAGAGCAGAAAGCGGGGCCUCCUGGUAUGACCGAUGAACAGAAAGAAUUCCUCAGAUGGUUCUAUCGCACUGAGGACCCAACUCCCUGGAAGUUUGCGAUGCUGGCUCUGUCCUUCGCUGCCCUUCUGCUGGGCUGUCUGCUUCUGGGAAUGGGCUCCAUGGCGAACAAAAACAGGAAUAAGAUAGCCAAGUACAAGGCGGCGGCUCUGGCCAUGAAGCCGGAGGCGGAAGAACUACAGGUCAUCAUCACGGAAGUUGGAGGUCAAAGAACUAACUCAGAGGUCAAACCCGUCAACAGCGCCUCUGUCCAGGUCAGUAUGAGCCAAUCUGAGAUCCCAGUGAGCCAGGCCAAGCCCCUCCAGGACAACGGGGAGGUAGAGGGGCUCAAACCGGGGGACAUUGUGGUGACCUGGAAUGACGGGAACGUGUCCAGCCUGUACCCCGAGCCUGAGGGGGAAGUGGAGGUGUUGGCGGAGGUAGAGAAAGAAGAGGUGGUUGAGGUAGAGAAAGAAGAGGUGGUGGAGGAGUUAGAGAAAGAGGAGGCAGAAGAGGGAGUGGUGGUAGAGGGAUGAAGGAGAGAGAUAUAACAGCCACGUUCCUCAUUACUGCUCCUCUGCAGAGGCAGAACAGAAACUCCUAUUUACUUAGGCAUAACUGUCAUUUUAAGUUGUUUUAUUUUGACCUGUAACUUAAACAACCACUGUCUGUUUAAUUACUGUAAUGCCCUUUUUACACUACUGUGCUGAGCCAGACCGUACUGUGCUGGCUCAGAUAUUUUAUUGGUGGAUGCAUAACCAUGCCAGCGCAGUACAGCUUGACUUGGCUCAGUAGUGUGAAAAGGGUAUACAACUACUACAAAUAAUGCUGUGUACAAGAUGUGCAGUAUCACAGUCAUCAUUCACAAGUACUUUGUUGGUUGCAGUUUCAGCAAUGCUUGGAAUAUACAUCUACUGUAAACAUUGCUGGCCGUCGAAACAUCGCAACCAACUAUUUAGGAUACCAAAUAGUUAGUAAAUGUUGUUUUUUGGUCAUGAAGAAGUGCAACGUGUUGUUUAUAGUGUAGUGAAGAGUUUUCCUAUGUCUCUUGACAGUAUGUAGGAACACUUAUAAAUCAUGUGUCAUAAGCUAUUCAAGUGUAGUCUACUUGGGAAACACUAAAAGGCAACUAAACAUGGUCUGAGAUAACAUUAAAAUUGGAAGAUCAAACUUCUCUUUAUACAUCUCUUUUGUAAUUCUAUUUGUAAAGUAUUUUUAGUUAUAAUGCUGGCCACCAGGAAGAUUAGCUGAACUCAUGGCAUCAGCUAAUCGGGAUCCUAAUAUAAUACAAACUGGAAUUAUCUUGCUGUGAGUAUAGUGGAAAGCUCUUGUGAGAGAGUAUCCACAUAUAGAUGUUUUGGACAGAAAACAGAAUUCAGUGGGUUAACUUUUGUCAUCAUACUACCUCUCCAUAUGUAAGAUACAUUUUCAUUGUGUUAUAAAAGCAUUCCACCAAUUGCAGUAUUUACAAUAAGGAAAUAAAACUGUUCAUAUCAAAAUA